CUCCACCCAGGCCUGCUAUAAGGACGGCGGGCUGAGUCAGUUGGGAGAGCCAGGAAUACCCACCGUGUCUGAGAUCUGCACCUAGCUGAGGGUGACCUCGGAGCUCCACGUGCAACCUCUGCCUCAACUUUCCUGCCGGUCAAAGGGUUCUGAUUCUCCCGCUGCUGCCUCCACCUCUGCAAGGAGGGCUGGUUUUCGAGUCUGUCCUUACUGGAAAUAGACCAGAGAGGCGAAGACACCACCCUAGCGCCACACAGCAGGAUGUCCGGUGAUCAGACAGCUCAGGACCCUGGAUCCAGCCUAGGGGAACUGGACCAGCACAGUGUGGUGAAGCGAGUGGUGGCCUUGCCCCUGGUCAGGGCCACAUGCACUGCUGUGUCUGGUGCUUACAACUCGGCCAAGGACAGACACCCACUGUUGGGCUCUGCCUGUCGCCUCGCUGAGCACUGUGUGUGCAGUGUGACUGCCUGUGCCCUGGACCACGCACAGCCACUGCUGGAGCACCUGCAUCCCCACUUGGCCACAGUGAAUGAGCUUGCCUGCAGGGGACUGGACAAAUUGGAGGAGCAGCUGCCCUUCCUGCAGCAGCCAUCAGACAUGGUGGUGACCUCAGCCAAGGAUACAGUGGCCAAAAGUGUCACAGGUGUGGUGGACCUGGCCCGAAAGGGCCGGCGUUGGAGUGGAGAGCUGAAGCGCUCCAUGAGCCAAGCCAUGGACAUGGUGCUUGGCAAGUCAGAGGAGCUGGUGGACCGCUUCCUGCCCAUGACUGAAGCUGAGCUAGCGGCCCUGGCGGCUGAGGCUGAGGGCCCUGAAGUGGGCUCAGUGGAGGAGCAGAGGCAGCAACAGGGCUACUUUGUGCGUCUGGGAUCCCUAUCGGCACGUCUCCGCCAUCUCGCCUAUGAACACUCUUUGGGGAAACUGAGGCAAAGCAAACACCGCACCCAGGAGAUGCUGGCCCAGCUACAGGAAACCCUGGAGCUGAUCCAGCAUAUGCAGAGUGGGGCAAGCCUCGCCCAUCCCCCAAAGGUUCAGGAGCUGCGGGAGAACUGGAGCCCAUGUCUGGAGAAUGGCCGCAGUCACAGCCAGGUGGAGCUGGAGACACUGGCUCUGUCUCGAAGUCUGACCCUGGAGCUGCAGAGAGCAGUGGAUGCUCUGGCAGGCUGUGUCCGGGGCCUGCCACCUGGUGCCCAGGCCAAGGUGGCUGAGGUGCAGCGCAGCGUGGAUGCUCUUCGGGCCACCUUUGCUGAUGCGCACUGCCUUGGUGACGUGGCACCCACUGCUCUGGCUGAGGGCCAGGGCAGCGUGGCCCGGGCACAUGCCUGUGUGGAUGAGUUUCUGGAUUUGGUCCUGCGGGCUGUGCCACUGCCCUGGCUUGUGGGGCCCUUUGCGCCCAUCCUGGUGGAGCGAUCAGAGCCCCUGAUCAACCUGGCCACCUGUGUGGAUGAGGUGGUGGGUGACCCUGACCCCCGCUGGGCACACAUGGACUGGCCAGCCCAGAAGAGGGCCUGGGAGGCUGAGCUUGCACACCCUGUGGGACAAGAGGCUGAGCCCCCAAGGGGCCAAGUCAAGCACACAAUGAUGCCAGAGCUGGACUUCUGACAAUAGAGGUCCCUACUGCCCCCUGGUGGUCACAUGACAACACUUAUGCGGGCCAGCACUUCUGUAUUCUCUUCCCUGCCAUGGAUAGUUUUGAGGUCUAAGUGGACCUCAGUGGGGUACUCAUAGGAGACUCUCCCUCCUCUAUGAUCUUGUCCUUACCCCCAAAGUUGACACAUGAGAGGAUGAGGCAGGAGGAUUGUGAGUUUGAGGCCAGCUUGAGCUACCUUAUCAAGAUUGUCUCGCCGGGCAGUGGUGGCG